AUGGAUAGAUACCAUAUCAUCAAGAAAGUUGGUGAAGGUAGUUUCGGGCGGGUGUACCAGGCGAUCGACCACCUCACCGGUCAAUAUGUGGCGAUCAAACAGUUGAAGCCAAACUGUCAUCCCAUGUCGUAUCUCCCGGAAGUUCGUGCUCUCCAGAUUUUGCAGCACCCCAAGAUAGUGGGAUUCAAGGGAGCUGAACGCCAACACAACACCGUUUUCUUGGUUUUCGAGUACAUGGACGGCAGCCUUCGACAUCUCAUCAACCAUAGGAUGAGGAUGGGAGUCCCUUUCUCGGAAGCCGAGAUCAAAUUUUUUAGCUUCCAAGUCUUGCAGGGACUCGACUUCAUGCAUCGAAACCGCCGCUUCAUGCACAGGGACAUGAAGCCGGAGAAUCUAUUGGUCAACAAGCAUGGCGUCCUCAAGAUCUCGGAUCUUGGUAGUGCUACGGAGAUAGAAUCCGAUGACAGCCUAUUCCACCAUCAUUAUGUCACUACAAGGAGUUAUCGUGCCCCGGAGAUGCUGCUUCGGAUGUUCUUGAAAAACGAGGAGCUUCGACCGUUCGAGUACCAAAAAUCCCGGAAUUUUGGUGCAUUGUUCCCCUUCUUCUACCACAUGGUGCAUUGUUCCCACAUGCUUUUGAACGAUUCAUGGAUGCCAACUGUUCCGCAAGAUCCACACCAUAUGAACAGUGUCCUAGAAGGAUUUAGGCAACUUGUGAAGCUGAAGAAUCCCCUCCACUGCAACAUAUCGGACAGCCAUGAAAGACAACUUGUGAUAAACCUGGCCAUCCAGCAGUCACCUGCAAUGAUGUGA